AUGAUUGGUUUUUGUCCGCAACAAAACGUUUACUUCAAAUACUUGACAAUUAAAGAUCAUUUGAAGAUAUUCUCACAAUUAAAGCAAACCAUACGCGAGAGUAAUGAUGGAUACAGUGGUGAAGAACUCAUCACUAGAUUAGGUCUCAACGAAGACAUAGACAAACAGGCGUUACAUCUGUCCGGAGGUACUCUUCGACGACUAGUCCUGUCGUUGGCUCUCAUCGGACACAACGAUGUCUUAGUAUUAGACGAACCGACGGCUGCUUUGGAUCCGAGAGUUAGACAACAGGUUUGGGAUCUAAUCAUUGAAUACAGGAAAUCAAAGACAGUUUUGAUUACUUCCCACGACUUCGAAGAAGCGAAUCUACUCUCGGAUAAGAUCUAUAUUAUCUCUAAAGGAGUUCUUUGUUUCAAUGGAACCACUCUUCAGAUGAAACACGAAUUCAAUUCCGGAUAUGAAUUGAAAAUUAAUAAAUCAAAUGAAAUGCAAACCGAGAGUGAUAGUGAUAGGGUUAACAUUCAUCACAUAAAUCGCGACGAUAUACCUCAUUGCUAUGAAUGGCUCAAUCCAUUUGAAUAUAUGGCUGUAUAUUACGGGAGGUUUACAUUAAAAAUAGUUAUCAAUGAAAACAGUUUUGAAUUACAAGAAGUGAUGGAGAGAUCGGAUGUGAGAGAAGAGUCGGAAAAAGUAUCACAAGUCAUAAGAAGUAGAGAUUUCGAAAGCGUUUCACUAAUUGUCCAUAAAUUGAGUAAAAAAGUGAAUCGGAAGACAAUAUUAGUGAAUGAGUUGUCGUUUUUGGUGAACAGAAGUGAAUGUUUGGGUUUAUUGGGAACCAAUGGUUCGGGAAAGACGUCAACCUUUAGACUACUCACUGGAGAUCUGGACUCAGACUCCGGUAACGCAUACUUGGGUUCAGACGCAGACCUGAGGGUAAAGACACAGAAAUACUUCUCACGAAUCGGUUAUUGUCCACAAAAUGACGCCCUUUUGGAUCCGUUGACAGGAAUACAAACUCUUGUAUUUUUCGCCAGAAUUCGUGGUCUCGAGAGACAGACUUACGACACAUUCAUUACAAACAUAAUAAAUAAGUUUGAAAUGAAAGCAAUAAUCAACAAAAGGGUCUCCACUUAUAGCGGAGGUAAUCGUCGAAAGCUGUCUCUGGCGGCGGCACUGAUGGGCACUCCCGGGCUAUUACUGCUCGACGAACCCACUAAUGGUGUCGACCCCUCCUCUCGGCUCAAAAUAUGGAAAAUAUUAUCAAAAUUAAUGAAUGAAUUAAACAUUUCAAUACUCUUAACGUCUCAUAAUAUGACUGAAUGUCAGAUAUUAUGCAAUCGUUUGGCAAUUCUCUCGAAAGGUGUCAUCAAAACCAUUGGAUUCACUGAUGAACUGAAGACUAGAUAUGCCGUAGGAUUUGAUAUCAUUGUUAAAGUGAAUAGAGAUUCAAACGAAGACUUUAUUGAAAUACUUCAGAAUCGGAUGAAUGAA